CAUGACGAAAACAAAAGCCUGUGCCACCACAGAGGAUACAUGAACAACAUGUAUCGUCUGUAACAUUAUCACUUUUUAUGACCACAAAACCUUCUUAUUCAUCUGGACAAUAUACCAUAACACUCAACAUGUUAUGCUUCAGUAAACAAUAGAUGACAAUAAUACAUAAAUUGGUGAAAGAACCACAGUAGUAGCUGGUUUCAUCUUCAGCUUUGAUCCAGUAUUUUCCCUAUGGCCAUUUUAGGAGACACAGGAGAGGUCUUUGGUGGCCGUAGAGAGGGUUAGAUAAAGGUUCAUGGAGGUGGCUGGGGACAGAUUCUGUGGAACCUGACUGACGGUGGUGGGUGGACAGAAAGACAGACAGAUAGACAGACAGAUAGAGAGACAGAUCGCUAGCUACAGCAGGUGGCCUAGAGGUUACAUUAUUGGGCCAGUAACUGAAAGGAUGCUAGUUGGCAUCCCCGAGCUGACAAGGUGAACAAUCUGCUGAUGUGCCAUUCAGCAAGGCACUUAACCCUAAUUGCUCCAGGUUCAAUGUUGAUAAUGUCAGACACUAGCUGUGACCCCAGUCUCCAAGGGUGUCUCAGGUGAGUGGGAUAUGCAAAAAACACAUUUCCAAUUCACUGAAAUAGGACAAAUAUAAGUACCCACCAAAUAAUUGUUAUUAUAGAUGCCUCUCCUGGGUUGUGGCCCACAUAUCCCAUCAGUGGUGGGUGGGUGGCCUUCCCUUAGUGCAGCUGGAGAACUGCGGGGAUGUGUGUUUAAGGGACUAUCUACCUCCCUCUCCCUUCAAUCUCCUCUUUUAUAAGACUAUCAUUCAGACUGUCGGCAUUCAUAGGGGAUUCCCUAGAAAUUGUUCAGAAUAUCCUUAACCAGUCAAUGCCCCACACCCUCCCCUCCCUCCUACCUCCCCCUCGCCUCUCUCUCCCCACAGGGGAUGUGUGUAACAUAAGCUCAGCCUUGAAUACUGGCCCAUUACACAUCACACAGAACAGACAUACCUACACCAGCAAGGCACUAUACUGCUUUCAGUAUAGUUUCAGUAUAGUGCUCUAUUGUGAGAGUAUUGUGGAGUAUUGUUGGGCUUUGUGGGUUAUGUAUUACUAUGUUGUAAUCCACAGCAUGCCCAGUGCUAGUGUAACGGAUGUGAAAUGGCUAGCUAGUUAGCGGGUACGCGCUAGUAGCGGUUCAAUCAGUUACGUCACUUGCUCUGAAACCUAGAAGUAGUGUUGCCCCUUGCUCUGCAAGGGCCGCGGCCUUUGUGGCGCGAUAGGUAACGAUGCUUCGUGGGCGACCGUUGUUGAUGUGUGCAGAGGUUCCCUGGUUCGCGCCCGUGUCAGGGCGAGGGGACGGUUUAAAGUUAUACUGUUACGCUACUCUCUUGUUGUUUUGUGAUAGUAUCCCUUAUGAUAUUCUUCGCUCACCAUCUCUCCUGUCUCUCUCUUUCUCUGUUCCAGGACCUGUCUGGCUCCAUAGAUGACCUCCCUACAGGUACAGAGGCUGGUCACAGUUCAGCCAUCAGUGCUACAGGCUCCACCAGUAGCCAGGGGGAGCAGAGUAACCCAGCCCAGUCACCCUUCUCACCCCACGCGUCACCCCACCUGUCUGGUCAAGGCAGCGGCCCAUCGUCCUCUCCUGUUGGGUCCCCUGUGGGCUCCAACCAAUCACGCUCCGGCUCUGGCCCCAUCUCCCCUGUCAGCGGCCCAACCACAGCACCAGGUUCCCAGAUGGCCCCCCAGACUCCUGGCAACAUGUUGGAUGUUCCCCACCCCCCCUUGUCCCAGUCCCCCAUGCGUCAGGAAAGGGGUAAGUCUGACCACUAAGUAAGUGUGUACGUGUGUGUGUGUGUGUGCAUGCG